AUGACCACUUUGUCUUUUGUCGAACUUAUCACAGAGCAUCGAUUACUCUUGCUUACUACAUUCAUCUUUACUUGGAUAAGUUUCAAACUUUUACAGUUAUUGUUGAUCUAUUUGAAAUACACUGUUGGAAAAUGGUGCUUUUCUAAACGGAAAACACUUCGUAAAGCUGGUGAAUGGGCAGUUGUUACUGGUGCAUCAUCAGGUAUUGGUGAAGCAUAUGCAGAAGAAUUGGCCAAAGAGAGUCUCAAUAUCAUGCUUAUCAGUAAUGAUGAAGAACAACUGUCCUGCGUUGCCAAUCGAAUCGCAACUACAUACAAUGUUCAGACACGAAUUGUGGUUGCAGAUUUUACCAAAAAUGAUGUCUAUGAAAUAAUCAAACCUGCUAUUGAACAAUUAUCUACAAUUGCUUGUUUAGUUAAUAAUGUCGGCAUGGGAUUACCUUUUGAGUUGUUUGCUGGAGAAGUUAAUUCACCAAAUGAACAAUCUAUUAGAAAUAUCAUUCAUUGUAAUAUUUUAUCUACAAUAACAAUGACAAGUAUAAUUCUAUCAAAAAUGUUAACACAAAAAGAACCUAAUCCUGGUAUCAUUAAUAUUGCAUCAUAUUCAGCUUUAAGAGUAACACCUUAUUUAACUGUAUAUUCAUCAACUAAAUCAGCUAUUAUACAAUUUUCAAAAUGUUUAACUGCAGAAAAGUAUCAAAAGCAUCUUAUCAUACAAACACUUUGUCCAUUAACCAUCUAUACAUCAAUGACAAAGAAUGAGAAACCUACAUUUUUUAUACCAACAGCUAAAGUGUAUGCUAAAUAUAUGUAUGGUGUUGAACAACAAUCAACAGGGUAUAUACAACAUGAAUUAAAAGCUUAUUUAUUUAAUUUAUUACCAACAUUUCUAUGGAUAUUAUUAACUUAUAAUAGAGUGAAAUCACGUAAAAAGAAUCUAUAA